AUGCCAAUAUAUGCCAAGCAGAGCGACGCCCGAAAGUCCCAAGGAGGUGUUAAAGGCGGCGCUGCUCUGAAGAAUGUUUUGCGUCUCCAGGGCGAAGCCUUACAGCGUCAGCUGGAGACGCAGCACUCUGAACGGGAGAACCUGCGCCUCCAGGUGCGGCUCUUGGAACGUGAUCUGCGGCAACGAAACGUGGAGUCCCUGGAAGAAGAGGUCCAAAGCCUGGAGGCGGAGAACCGCAACCAGCAAGCGGUGCAGCAGGAAGCCACACGGCUCUUGGCGCGGCGCAAGAAGCUGCAGGAGGCUGAGCUUGACACCGCCACGCUUGAAACGGGCAAUGUGCAGCGCAAGGUCUCGACCCCCAUGGCUGAGAUUGCUGAUGAGGAUGACUUGGACCUGGCACGCUGGGAGUGCAAACGCCUUGAGAAACGCUUGGCUCAGGCGCGGAGCUGCAAUUGUCAGCUCCUUCAGGAGCUGGAACGGAGCCGUGGAGAACGACGGCCUUUUCAAACAGAGGAGGGUGCAGAGGUUGGCGCUUUGAUGGCCCAGAAUGAUGAGAUGUUGGCCAGGCUGCGUCAGGACCUGCGCACGGCCCAGUCUGUCGAAGCCGCCGGAGCUGCGGAAGCUGCCGGAGCUGCGGCUGGUGCAGGCAGCGGCACCGGUUCCGUGGACGUGCUCACACUGGGGCCCAAUGGCCCGGCGGCCAACCGUCGGUGGGCAUGCACCCUCGACGGCGAAAAGUCUGGGCAGUCUGGGCAGCUUCAAGAAAUCCAGUUUUGGUCGGAGAAGAAGAAACGCGCCAUGACGUGCGCAAUGCACAGUGCCUUCACUCCAGAUCCUCUCAUGGCGGCUUCGUGACUGGACGGCUGAGUCUUUGGACCUAGCCCUGGAGGAUUGUGGCGCAACCCAGGUGGGCUGUCUGCUUCAGCUGGGAGAAGCCCAGCGGCUUGGACGGCGAAGUUCAAACUGGGUUGCCAUCAGCAUCUGUGACCAACCCAGCACUUCAAGCAGCAGUUGAGAUCCUGCCGCGCUUCACCUUGCGGCGUCGCGGCGUGAGCCGGGCUUAAAGUUGACCCCUCCCCUGGGGGAUUGGUAAAGCCGAAAACCAAAACCAGGUGGGUCCAUUGG